AUGUCGUGCUCAUCGACAUACAGGAAUCUGCGCGCUUGCGUCGGACCCAAAUUCUCAGGAGCCGCUGUGCUAUCGCUGGACCUGCCUACAAUACAUGCAUGCUACUCCCGCGAUGCAACCUCUCUCACGCUGCUGUCGCCCGUUUCAUGCGAUUCGGAUGUUCUGGGCCUCCAGAAUACCUGCUACCGUCAACAAACGUCGGUAGAACUCCGCAAUCUGCAGCUCAAUGUAUCUUUGAAGUUUGGACAGGAGAAGACGUCCGGCACUCUCAAUGUUCAUACACUCUCUCCGAAUCGGUAUCUCGCACUGUCUUCGCGAAGUUGGCCUGAAGGUGCGACCAUGUUGCUGCUGUGCGGUGUCGUCUCCGCCAAUAUUACGACUGUUAUUGCGCGACAGUUUGCGUCUGCGGCCUAUGAAAAUGAGCGGGAGAACGACAUCUCGUUCUGUCUCUUUCUGCGGAUUGCGACGGAGAUACAUAUCUCUGGUGCUCAAGCAGACUCGGGAUAA